UCCUCGGCCACCGUAGUCUGCGCAGCACAGCCUAUGCUUUCCAUAUAUAAUACCAAGGUGGCUUUUUCUCAGCGAAACUCUCAUCGUCUGAAGGGUUUGCAAGCUCCGGUUUGCUCCCCCUCGUAUCAAAUGAUAGAACAGUGAGUGAGUUAGUCUUAUUCUUAAACUGACACUUAAUGCUUCAACAUGGACUACCUGCUCGCGGUGAAAGUAGGCUCCCUAUUCGGCUUGUUGUUUUUAACUCUGCUUUUUGGAUUUAUCCCAGCUCGGGUGUUAUGGUUCAGAGACACAAAUGCGACAGAAACCCAACGUACAGUUUUGAGUCUGAUUAGCUGUUUUGCUGGCGGUGUUUUCCUGGCAGCAUGUCUGCUGGACAUCAUUCCCACUUAUCUGGAGGACAUGACCACCGAGCUGGCAGCUCGAAGUGUGGAGACCAACUUCCCCCUACCAGAGUUCAUCAUGGCUACCGGCUUCUUCACUGUCCUCAUAGUGGAGAGGAUGGUCCUAAACUGUGGGGGCAUGAGUGGGAUUCAGGAGGAAAGGGCACCCCUGAUACAGGACAACAGGAACGGUCAUGGACAUGUGCACAACCACCCAGCAGACCCUGAAGCAGAAAGCAGCAGCCAACACGUCCACGUUGACUUCCACGCUCACUCCCCCUUUCGUUCUUUCAUGCUCUUCCUCUCUCUCUCUGUCCACUCCAUUUUUGAGGGUCUCGCCAUUGGCCUGCAGAGCACUGACUCAAAGGUUUUGGAGCUCUGUGUCGCUAUACUUAUCCACAAGAGCAUCAUUGUGUUCAGCCUCUCCGUGAAGCUGGUCCAGAGCGCAGUGAGUCCGUUAUGGGUGGCUGCUUACAUCGGGGUGUUCGCCAUGAUGUCACCCAUAGGCAUCGCCAUCGGCAUCUCUGUUAUGGAGGCGGGGCUUGCAGCUGGAGCACUCAUUCAAGCAAUCCUGGAGGGGCUCGCAGCAGGAACGUUUAUUUACAUAACCUUUAUGGAGAUCCUUCCACACGAGCUCAACUCCCCAGGGAGACAGCUCAUCAAGGUGCUCUUCAUCCUGCUGGGCUUCAGUGUCAUGGCAACUCUGACAUUUCUGGGCUGAGACUGAGACCAGGCAGCGCAUCAGCUAGCAAGCCUGACAGGAUGUGACCUGGACGCUUUGUGCAAACUACUGCAGCUCCCACAGGGACAUGGGUAAAUUUUAUACAAAGAGAAAGAACAAAAGAAGUAGGGUUACUUAUGCACUGUUACAUUCAGCUCUGGAGUCUUAAAUGUUAAAGGCAACAUGACAACAGAUGUUGGUUUUAUUACUUUUAAAACAUUUCAUAAAAGAGGCAUCCCUACUAUUUGUGUAUACAUAAUUUGGUUAUAAGAGGGUGUAAAGUAAAGCCAUGGCAGGUUUGUUAAACAACUGAGAGAAGCACAGGGGAAAAAUCACUGUCUGCUCAUUUAUCACUGUCCUUGUUUUCAAACAAGCCUCUGGCCUGCAAACACAACCAGAGUCUGACCUUUGUUACUAUUGAGGAAAUCUCUGGAAACACAGGCUCUUGUUGUACGUAUAUGAUACCCUAUAAUUAAUCCAAUCAUGCUAGUAUAUAGGUACCUCCAGAUCUUAAAUGUUUACUGAUUCAAACAAGACACUUCUGCACUUUAGUCGAAGUAUUUCAUGUGGUUUGUUCUUCACUUCAGGUUCAGCUUGAUGGUCGUCCUCUAUGAAUCAUUAUUUUUAAAGGUGUUUCUACUGACAGGUUAAUUCCCUUAGUACUGACAUUUUAGUGCCAUACUUUUAGGUGUAGUUUCUAGCAUCGUUAUGCUUUUAAGUCUCAUCUUUACUAACUGAAUCAUCGAUCAACAUUUUAUUCAUCUGUCCAGAACACUAGUGUCAAUGUAAACUCCCUGAUGCCUUAAAAAGUUGGAUGCCAAAAAAAAGAGAGAAAAGGUGUUCGAUUUGUUUUUAUUCUGUUUGCACUUUUCUAAUAAAGCAUCAGUGGUUUUUGCCACAGAUGAGAAAGAAUAAAACGUUUUGGCUUUGA